AUGAGACUCGUUAAUAGUAGUGUGGAUAUGAUAAUUUUCCAAUCUCUUCACUCGAUCGUAUCGUUCUACUGCGCAGCUGUAAACAUGUCUGAUGAUGUGGAAUACCGCUGUUUUAUCGGUGGGUUAUCAUGGUCAACAUCUGAUAGAGCUCUAAAAGAUGCAUUUUCAAAGUUUGGACAUCUUCUUGAUGCAAAGGUGGUUGUAGACAAGGAAUCCGGGCGUUCACGAGGAUUUGGUUUUGUGACUUUUGAUGAGAAGCAAGCAAUGGAAGAUGCAAUUGAAGCAAUGAAUGGAAUGGAUUUGGAUGGAAGGAACAUCACAGUAGACAAAGCUCAACCUCAAGGUGGUUCAGGCAGGGAUUAUGGUGGUGGUGGUGACCGUGAUCGUGGGCGUGACCGCGGUCGUGACCGUGAUGGAGGCGGCCGUCGUGGCGGAGGUGGUGGUGGCGGUGGUGGCGGUGGCGGUGGUGGAGAUUGCUUCAAGUGUGGGAUGACCGUUAUGGUGGUGGACGUGGCGGCGGCGGUGGUGGUCGUUAUGGACCUGACCGGAAUGGAGAUCUGGCGGUUUCCGAUGAUGGAAGAUUCUGAUGAUGAUGGUGGAUCUAAAAAGAUGAAAAUGGUGGUGGUUUUUGUUUCUGAAAGAUGUCUCGUUUUAAUUCGUACAAUGUAGUAAUGAAUCAAAAUCAAACUUUUGAAAGUUUUCACAACUUGGGACUCCACUACUUCUAUGUUGGAUUGGUUCGGUGUGUUCUAAAAUGCUGCUCUCUUUCUCUACUUUCUUGCAUAAGUGAUUAAUGAUGAAUGAUGAAUGAUGAAUGAUGAUCUCUAUACACAAACAAAUUACUUUUGGGUUCUUUUGGUGACAAAAUAGAGGCUGUGUUCAGUGUUGUGGCUAAAUAUAUGUGGCUAUUUUGGGUACAUGAUAUGUUGAUAGUUGGUUGUGAUUAAACAUGAUAAAAUUGGGAAUGGUUUUUGAGCACAAGCAGCUUAUCUGCAAAUCAAUAAUUGAUCAUCAAAAAGGGGGAGAUUGAGAUUGUUCAUGGCAUCUGGCUUUGGCUUUGUUUUGGGAAGAUGGUUCUUGUUGUCCUUGUUUUACCUUGCCUUGCUGAGUGUGCUAAUUCCUUCCUUCUGUGCUCAUUGUUCUUGUUUUUCCUCGUGACACUUCUGCCCUUGAAUCACAUUUUUUGGUGGAUGCUGAUGCUUUUUUCGAAUCGUGUAUCAUGGAAGAACAUAUAUCGUUCUGUAAAAGUUAUUUUUUCAGCAACCCCUGAGCUGAGCUGGCCCACAUCUCUCUGUCCCAUUCUCCCAGAAACAUCAUGUGAGAUGUAAAACAGUGUCCAAUAAGGAGAGCCCAAUUCACAUUCGAAUUAAAGCUCCUGUAUAGUUCGAAUUGCGGCUAUUUGUGGCUAUUGAGACUUGAACCCUUGACCUUUUCUGCAAGUAUGCGGUUUGAAACUUGUUACUUGACUGCCUUAUCUGCUACUUGGUAUCCGAUCUUUUCUUUUGUCUGCGCCUGCAUUUAUUGAUUUUCCUUCUGUGAAUUGAUAUUUACUUGAUUAGUUGUGUCCUCAAGGACAUGAUGUACUUUACUGUUUAUAAUUCUUUUUUUGCAUGAUCUAGGGUGAAGCUUACAUGGUCAUUUACUGUUAUUUUUAAUGAGAUGGUACUAACUAUAUAAUGUAUACAAUUUAUUUUACAGCAUCGUUCUACUUCGUUGA